AUGGAAAAGAAGAGGAAGCUUCCGGCGCGCAGCACAAGAGCUGAACCAGCCGGAAAAAGAAGAGCCUCGAAAUCGCCAGACCGGAGACAGUCGUCGACCCCAGCUGCGACAGCACCUCCUCCUCCUCCACCACCUAUCGCGGCAACAUUACCAACAAAACUCGAGCCAAACAAACCACUGCCUACCGUCGACGAGCCGCAAAGCGACAAUCUAUCCUCAACAGAAUUUCAAUCCAUCUCGGAAAGCGGAGUUCUUGCAGAAUCGAUCCACAGAUCGCGGCAGAAAUGGAUCAGCGAAGGCAUAUUCGAGAAAUACUGGACGAAACCCGUGAAGAAGAAGGGCAGCACGGAUCCGCCUCCAAACAAUCCCGACAUCAAGACGAUGCAGAAGCUGGGUACCUGUGUAAUAACGGUCGAACCGCACUCUUUCGAUGCGAUUAUGUGGCAGGUGAAGGAGGAUAACCCGACGCCAGUACAAACACCAACCUCGCACCAAGCCAUGUAUCGACCUAUACUACAGUACGGCCCUCCAAAUGGCAUGCUACCUCCUCCUAUGCCCACCCCUCCACCCCCUCAGCACAAACAAUUCACUCCACAACCGACACCACAGGCAUCACCGCGGAUGCAGGAUACUGUGAUGAAGAAUACAAGCCCUGCUCCGGCUCCUAAGCCUGUCCAGACGAGUGCUCCUUUUGCUGGAACCAGUGCGAGUCCACAAACUCCCAAUCCAGCACUGCCAAACCCAGCCAACCCUCCGAAUCAACCACAAACCACUCCCGCCACGUCAGUCGAUUCGGCACCGACGGACAAAAGCAAAGAUCCGGUAAUACAAAUGCUGGCCGAACGGGCUUCAACAGAUGCCGAUUUGAAAGCACUUAUGAGGAUUGUAGCCAAUGGCCAAGCUACAAAAGAUCAAUUACAGCGAUUUCAAAGUCACAUUGAUGAUCUUACGCUGCUCCAGAAGUCUAGAGAAGCUUCGACACAACCGUCGCCAAAGCCUCCGAAUUCACAGCAAGCAGCUCCCGCACAGGUCGCCCAUCAAGUAAAUCAAGCUCCUCCGCCAAACCCGAGACCUGUUUCAACUCCAGUGCCAGCGGUUCGAGCUGCACCAACCCCACCUCCUACGAACAAUCCAUUUUCUCAACAAAAUACGCAAUUCCAAAGUCAACCUCAGGCGCUGCGAUCUAAAGGCCCAGUACCUUCGGCGAAAUCAGAUAUUACAAAGGUACUACUUGAAUUUACUGGCCAGGGAUCAUCUGGAGAUCGUUUUGCUUUCCCAAGAUUUAGUAUACUAGAAUAUCAGCAAAACCAGGUUAUUGCAUCAUUUUUGAUUGUUCGACGAGGAAGCACGAGUGAGUAUCCUAGAUACGACCCGCAACUAGAUUACUACCAGCCUGUGACGAUACGCCUGUACGCCCAUCAAGGCCGACAACUGGAGGCAUUACAGAAAGUAGUUGCGCCACAGGAUGAAGUCCGGGAAUACAUGAAUACCAUCAUGGACAAGGCCACCAGAGCAGAAUACGUACUUCUAGCAAUGCGUCUGCCGAAAGAAUCAGAUGCACCACCACAGGUUGAGAAGCUAGCCCCAGCCGAACCCCAUCAUACACCAGAACUCUUAUGGGCAACAACAAACAACACUCCACCAAUCGCGAACAAAGUGGUCAAACCACCCAAAAAGCCCGUCUUUGAACAAGACAACUAUCAAUCUUUCAUCAACAGUGUGAGUUCUAGUACGACUUGA